AGAACUCAAGCUCUUCAAUCCACGCUCAAUCUCAGCUACAUGUUCGUCAAGAAUUUGACCUUCCAGUCCAAUAACCUCGGCAAGCAGGUCACGCUCAUGCUCACUUUGAGUCCCGACGUGGAUCACCUCUACGAGGACGUCUUCCCGGUAGUUUGGAAAGUCUUCAAGUUCGGCAAGUCAGGUCCAUAUAAGGCUAGCACGACCUACACGACCCAGUUUGUUUUCUCCAGAGCCCAGGUCGAGGAUGGGAAGGCCGUCGGCGCUGAGACCUUCAUCAAUAUCAAUAACGGCGAGAAAACAAUUCUGACAGAAGCCAACGAUGUCUAUCAUUUCUCUACCCCUCAGGCGGGAACCUCUGGUAUCCUGCAGGCCCAGAACCACACUGGGACUACUCAAGAAAUGGCAGUCGGCUUCGUAAACAAAGGAGAUUUUAUGCCCACACCCGUACUCUUCUUCAGCGAUGUUGCAGAUGGCAGUCACGUCACGGCAAAGUUCACUCCCGUCUUGCGGGCCUAUAUCACGUCGGACUAUGAAGCGACCUCAAUCUUGCGAGGCCCAGUCGAAACUCAGGCGAUCUUGUCGCAGGACCUCACUGGGCUUGCUCAGAACACGACUUGGAACCUCUCGCACGACGCGUCCACUGGACGUUACACGCUCACCCAUGCUUGAUUAAGGAAUGUGACAUUGUAUCUUCGUUCAAACCAAUAGCCUCACUAAGUUGC